AUGUCUGAUUUUGCCGGUGAUAAUUCAAAACCACGAGUUGUGGUUUUAGGAGGGUGCGGUUUCAUUGGCCGGAACCUCGUGGAGUACUUGAUAUCAAACGACUUGGUGAGCGGACUUCGUGUUGUAGACAAAACACCACCGCAGUUGGCUUUUCUCAAUCCAACUCAUACUAAAAUUUUUGAAGACCCCCGUGUGGAAUACAAGAGCGCGAACUUAAUAAAUGCUACGUCAUGUGCAUCAGCCUUGGACCCUGGCGACGGUUCCCCCUGGGGCCUGGUGGCAAACUGCGCUGGCGAGACCAGGGUCGGACAGACGGAGGCUGUGUACUCGGAGGGCAUCUUCACCCUCAGUGCAAAUGUUGCUAAGCAAUGCGCCAAGUUGAAGGUGCCGCGGCUGGUAGAGAUAUCCAGUGGACAGAUGUAUAGUAGUGAUAAGCCUCAUAAAGAAGACGGUCCAGUAGACCCGUGGACAGUAGAAGGUAAAAUGAAGAACAAAGUGGAGCAGGAACUGAAGAACAUGUCGUCAGAGCUGAAUUACACCAUCAUCAGGCCGGGGAUAGUUUAUGGUAUCGGCGAUAGGCGGAGUUUAACCCCACGUCUCCUAUACGGCGGUAUCUACAAGCAUAUCAAUGAGACCAUGAAACUUCUGUGGACGGCGGACCUCAAGAUGAACACGGUCCACGUGAGGGACGUGUGCCGCGCUAUAUGGGCCCUCGGCACUAAACCAGAGGCGAACAGACAGACUUACAACGUUGUGGACGAAGCUAACAGCACCCAAGGAAGCCUGGCGGAGAUCGUAGCUGAGAUAUUCAAGAUCAAUCACGAUUAUUAUGGCACUGCUAUUUCUACUUUAGCCAAGACCGACAUCGCGUCGGUGGCGGAGGAAGCUAACGACAAGCACCUGACGGCGUGGGCCGACAUCUGCCGCAAGUACUCGCUGGAGCACACCCCCCUGGAGCCGUCCGCGGGCGUGGAGCUGCUGCUCAACAAGCAACUGUGCCUCGACGGCUCCAAGCUGCGGGACGCCCUGGGUUCUUCGCUCGAAGUGCCUGCGCCUACUCCCGAUAGGCUAAAAGAGGUGCUGCUGGACUACGCUUCGAUGAAUCUCUUCCCAAAGGAGCUUCUUCUAUGA